ACCCCCAACACUCUAGAGGCACCCUGAGAACUCCUCGGGGAACCCCCAGAGAACUGAUGGGCACUCUACGGGACCUGCAGUACGCCCUGCAGGAGAAGAUCGAGGAGCUGCGGCAGCGCGACACGCUGAUCGACGAGCUGGAGCUGGAGCUGGAUCAGAAGGAUGAGCUGAUCCAGCGGCUGCAGAACGAGCUGGACAAGUACCGCUCUGUGCUCCGGCCUGCCACCGCCCAGCAGGUCCAGGCCCAGCAGCAGAGCCUCGCCAUGCAGCCGGACCAGCACCGCAGCAAACGGCAGGCCAUCUCCGCCGAGCCCACCGCCUGUGACAUCACUGACCUCAGCCAUGUCACCCUGCCCUUCUACCCCAAGAGCCCGCAGUCGAAGGAGCUGAUAAAGGACGCCAUCUUGGAUAAUGACUUCAUGAAGAACCUGGAGCUGUCUCAGAUCCAGGAGAUCGUGGACUGUAUGUACCCGGUGGAUUAUGGGAAAGACGCCUGCAUCAUCAAAGAGGGCGACGUGGGCUCUCUGGUCUACGUGAUGGAAGAGGGGAAGGUGGAGGUGACUAAAGAAGGGAUGAAGCUGUGCACGAUGGGGCCGGGCAAAGUGUUCGGAGAGCUGGCCAUCCUCUACAACUGCACCAGGACGGCAACUGUCAUGACUCUGAUCCAUGUGAAGCUGUGGGCCAUCGACCGUCAGUGUUUCCAGACCAUCAUGAUGAGAACUGGACUCAUCAAACACGCCGAGUACAUGGACUUCCUCAAGAGCGUUCCCACCUUCCAGGGUCUUCCAGAGGAAACUCUCAGUAAACUGGCAGACGUCAUGGAGGAGACUCAUUAUGAAGAUGGAGAGUACAUCAUCAGACAGGGCGCCAGAGGAGACACCUUCUUCAUCAUCAGCAAAGGAAAGGUAAAUGUGACCCAGGAGGAUCCGGCCAGUCAGGAGCAGACGCACCUCAGAGAGCUCAGCAGGGGGGACUGGUUUGGAGAGAGGGCGCUACAGGGUGAGGAUGUGAGAACAGCCAAUGUCAUCGCUGCUGAGGCCGUCACCUGCCUAGUCAUCGACCGAGACUCAUUCAAGCAUCUGAUUGGUGGACUGGACGACGUUUCAAAUAAAGGAUACGAGGACGCUGAAGCCAAAGCAAAAUACGAGGCUGAGAACGCCUUCUUCUCCAGCCUGAAGCUGAAGGACUUCAACAUCAUCGACACGCUGGGAGUCGGCGGCUUCGGACGCGUCGAGCUGGUGCAGCUGAAGAGCGAGGAGGCAAAGACGUUCGCCAUGAAGAUCCUGAAGAAACGUCACAUCGUGGACACGAGACAGCAGGAACACAUUCGCGCAGAGAAACACAUCAUGACCGAGGCACACUCUGACUUUGUCGUCAGGUUGUACCGGACGUUUAAAGACAGUAAAUAUCUGUACAUGCUAUUGGAGGCCUGUCUGGGAGGAGAGCUGUGGACGAUACUCAGAGACAGGGGUUCAUUUGAAGAUUCGACCACCAGGUUCUACACGGCGUGUGUGGUCGAAGCCUUCGCCUACCUGCACGCCAAAGGCAUCAUCUACAGAGACCUGAAACCUGAAAACCUCAUCCUGGACAGUCGAGGAUACGCCAAGCUGGUGGACUUUGGUUUCGCCAAGAAGAUCGGUUUUUGUAAGAAGACGUGGACGUUCUGCGGGACGCCGGAAUACGUUGCUCCAGAGAUCAUCCUCAACAAGGGUCAUGACGUCUCAGCAGAUUACUGGUCUCUGGGCAUCCUGAUGUAUGAGCUGCUGACUGGCAGUCCCCCGUUUUCAGGUCCAGAUCCAAUGAAAACCUACAACAUCAUCCUGAGAGGCAUCGACAUGAUCGAGUUCCCCAAGAAGAUCACCAAGAACGCCGCCAACCUCAUAAAGAAGCUCUGCAGAGAUAAUCCUUCAGAGAGACUGGGAAACCUGAAAAACGGAGUCAAAGACAUCCAGAAGCACAAGUGGUUUGAAGGUUUUAACUGGGAGGGUCUGAGGAAAGGAACUCUGACUCCGCCCAUCACACCUGAUGUCUCCUCUCCGAUUGACACCAGUAACUUCGACAGUUUUCCUGAAGACACUGAUGAGCCGCCACCAGACGACAACUCCGGAUGGGAUUACGACUUUUAGUCCAGCUCGCACCCAAACCCAAAUCCUGACUCCUUACAGCUGAAGGUGAGGUCCAAAUCUGACAAGACGACGACGACUAACCAGGCUGAACAAAAGACGAACUUCAUGUACCAUUUGGAGGACGUUUUUCCCGGAGCACCUACUGUGACUUUGCCUGUGUUGUUCUGAAAGCAUUGUUGGACCCUGUGGGAGUGAAACCUCCAAUGUUUUGUAGCUACAUGAUGUCCUGAGGUGAUUUAAGUAUUGAGUGUGUUGAAGGCAGCUGAUGGGAAAGGACUGCAGGCCUCUCACAGAUCAAGGCAGUUCGCUCUAACUGGGGGAAACCCGAGCUGCCAGAACAUCUGAGAGCUCGAAGAUCAAGGCGAAGAUCAGUUUCUCAGAGCAGUAAAUAGGUUAUAGAAGUCUUAGAGUAGCACAUAUGUGGUCAAAAGGCAUGUUCUUGACUUUUACGACCUGAGAAAGUCAUCCUCCAGAUUUUAGAGAGCUGUCAGAACUCUUGAACGCCAUCCACAAAAAUGUGCCCAUGGGUCAGAGAAGACCUUUUUGCAAUGCCUAGAAGUGUUUCUUUGAAUCUGGAACAACUCUGAUUAUUUGGCUACAGCCGAACUUUGGGUAUGUUCAUCCAUCAUAUUGUUGUAAGACACUUAUUUACCAAGUCUUCAAGAGCAGUAAAUCAGUCCUAAAAA